UUUAUAGGAACUAUGGUUUGUGAUCUUAAUGUUUUUCUCGCCACGUGUAAGUUUUUUUUCCUGUAUGAGCAUAGGACUGUCUCAGUUCUGGUGAAGCUGGGCUACUAAGCUGUUAAAUUGCAAACUGCCACACUUCUAAUCUAGAAACUAGAUGCUCCUUUCACAGAGUCACGUUAAGGGGCUUUUUCAGGUAGGGGUUCUCGGAGCACAGCUGAAAUUCUGGAAGCCUGUCUUUUUCCUUUCAAGGGCAAUAAUGGCAACCGGUUUCUUUUAAAAUAUACCUAACGAUGGCAGUGUGUCCAUUUGUGCUGGAAGUUAGUGGCUGAUGAAGAUCCUGGGGUUCUUCCUUUUCCUUCUCCUCCCAUAUCUUUCCUUGGGGAUAUUCAAACAUAACUCUCCCUCCCUUAACUGCCUCCCUUAAGGACAGUGCUGUAAUCGCAAGCAUUAUCCAUGCUUGGAACAACAAUUGGUCUUUAUGGCAUACCUUGGUGUAAGAAAUCCCUGCUGUUGACUGUCUUGAUGUCAGUUAUUGGAGGUUCCAUGGGGAUUCUAGACACAGGUGGCAAUAUACUUGCACUGAAUACAUGGGGAACAGAAGCCGGACCUCAUAUGCAGGCCUUACACUUCAGUUUUGCAGUAGGUGCGUUUGUGGCGCCACUUCUGGCUAAAAUGGCAUUGGGAGGCUCUGUAUCUAAAGACCUUCCAGUAGAUGAAAAGACAAACCAGUCUAUCUUGAAGUCUGUGCCAACAGCAUCAACUUUGUCAGCGCUGAAACGCCAUCUUGGUGCAGAUUUUUUGUGGUCCUAUGUUGUUAUAGGGACUUGUCUUCUGUUUGUUUCUUUCUUCUUUUUUAUCUUGUAUUCAAGGAGCAGCUCAGCUCGAGACAAAUCGAAGGCUUCUUUGCAGAAAAACGUAACUGCCAAAUACCACUAUGCCCUUAUUUUUCUCCUGUUCGUAUUCUUCUUCUGCUACGUGGGAGCAGAGGUCACUUAUGGCUCUUACAUAUUUACUUACGCAAAGGUCUUUGCUGAGAUGAAGGAAAAUGAAGCGGCUGCUUUGAAUUCUCUCUUCUGGGGUGCAUUUGCUGCUUGCAGAGGAGUAGCAAUAUGUUGUGCUGCUUGCUUAUACCCCGGUACUCUGAUUGUGUUGAGUAUCAUAGGCUCUUCUGUCUCCUCCUUGUGCCUGACGUUCUUUGCGAAAUACCCAGUUUCACUUUGGGCUGGAACUGCUGUAUAUGGAGCUUCAAUGGCUACCAUCUUUCCCAGUGGCAUUUCCUGGAUAGAACAGUACACUGUCAUACAAGGAAAAUCUGCUUCUUUAUUUGUGGUUGGUGCUGCUCUGGGCGAGAUGUGUAUUCCUGCAGUGGUUGGAUAUCUUCAAGGAAAAUUUCACCAUAUUCCUGUGAUUAUGUAUACUGCACUGGGAACUUCUGCAAUGACAGUCAUACUGUUUCCUGUGAUGUACAAAUUAGCCAACUCUCUUGAUGAGAGUGAUUUGAAAGAAAUGAGUGAGAGCGAAGACCGGAAAGCUUUAUUGUCAAACUCUGGACUUAAUGAAGAUGAAGAGGACGAGGAGGACGCAGGUGAAUGGAAUGAAGCAGACUUUGAGGUAAUAGAAAUGAAUGAUACACUGAGAAACUCUGUGAUAGAGACCUCCCGUAAGGUACCAGGGGAUUCUCCAGCCAAAGCCUCCCUCCAGCCACGUUCAGAUGAUGUACUGGGUAGUUCUCCAGUGGUUGCUGGUAGCUCCCCGGGGUUAAAAAAGGUGAAUGUUGAACGGGAGAAGAAUGAUUGAAGUAGAAAAAUGACUUUUUUCUAAAAAGGGAAAUGCAAUGGGAUUGUAGCUGUUCUUGUAAAGUGGUUCAAGAAUCUUUUUACAGUGGCGCAGAGUUACGUGUUUCCACUUCUGUUUGUCCAGUCCUUUCUCCUCUUAUUUUCAGUCUGCAGCUAUGUAUUCUCGAGUGGGAAAGUCCAUGGUGAUGUGAUUGGGGUAAUGUGAUAAAAUUUAUAGACAAAUACUGAAAAUGUUAAAACGUAAGAGAUUUUUUCUAAAUGUGAGGCAUGCAUUUAAAUAAUUGAUGAUCUUUGAGUAAUGUGAACUAACUUGGAAAAAAGAGGACUGCUCAGACCACUUGCUUUUUUGGGCGUGGAUGAAGGGUACAAUUCUGAGGUGUUAAGUUACAAAACAUUCUCAUCAGAAAUGAGAAAAAUCUGUGAUCUGGGAUUCUGCACUUUCUUACUUCACGACGGAAGAAUGUUCUUACUGCACUGAAAGUUUGCGUGACAAACCAGGAAAUAAGUUAAAUGUCCGGUGAUGUCCAGUGGCUGUAAAUUAGAUAUCCUAUUGGCAAACUGCAGAAUUUCUGGUUCUGUUACUAAGACAAAAAGUAUUAAAGAUUAAUUCUUAAGAGUAGAACCUGUCCUAAGGGUCAUUUAAAAGCAGUGUAGGGGAAGGGGGACAAAAUUGGUCAUAUUAAUCUACUAUAAUGCUUAACUCUGAUUUGCUUGUUAACCAGUGAUGACAAAUCUAACUAGUCUAAAAUAUCUGUGAUUGUUUUAAUUACUGCACUACAAAUCACCAAAUGUAUUAAGAUGAUAAAAUUAUAUAUAAUUAGAUAAUCUCUGGUAUUGACCUAGGAACUUAAUAUUUUUAAGCAAGUUGCACAAAUUAGAAUAACUUUUCUGGCUUCCUGUGCCAAGACUUUCAUAUAUGGAUGUAUUAAAAUUUGAAAAUGAGAUAGAACUAUUGAUGAGACAAUCCUUUCAGACCGUACUGUACCUGUACGAGUUGGAUUGGUGCCAUUUCCUUUUUGUUUCUUUGGAUAAUGACUCAUAGGCAGAUUCUUCCCGGAGGAGAAGCAGUGGUUUAUAUUUGUGGAUUGAUUGCUACUAACCAGGAGGAGCUCAGAAGGACCAAGCCUGUCAGCCUUUCUGAGCAAGAGUAAAUGAAGUAGCUAAUGGCAAAAUCUGCGUUUGAAACAAUAGUGUUGCAAUUUGUCUACUUGGAAACCAAAACGUUUAGGUUAGUAUUCUUAAUGGCUAUGUGAUCAAAAUAUAUUAGUAUCUUUUGCUUUGCACUUACUUUUCUUAGUAUUUUUCUUGCAAAGAGCUUUAAUUUACUAACAAAAUAGCUUUAAAUGUAACAACACGGGAUCUUAGUUGUUUAGUGUAUUUUGAGGUCUGUUUGUUUGUUUGUUUUUGUUCUCUCUCUUGUCCUCUGAGUGUUCAACCUAGAAUACAGUGACUUACUGUCUUCUGAGAAGCUGAUAAGCAGGAAUCAACUUGCAGUGAAAAGUUUCAUACUUCUUUGUUUUUUGCAUCUUAGAAUAUAUUUAAGGACCUCCCUCUCUCUCUGCUGUCAUUGUAUUUAAAUAUCAU